CCUAGCCACAGUGAGAAGAAACAUGGAAUCAGGGAGUUUUCCUUCCUUCUCUUCGUUAGGCCUGUGGAAUCUCCCCUCUAUAAUCGAGCAUCAAAGAGGCGAUGAACUGUAGCAAGAUACUGGCGACAGUCAGUUGUUCCUCUUUAACGGUAUACCGAACAGAGACGCAUUAGUACGAGUCUGAGAUCCCGUAGGAUCUCCCGGUAAGAAAUCUCACCGCCACCUACUACUGAUAUUGGAAACUGCUUACAACUGCAUUGCAGCUGCAUAUCGUAAACGCACGAGCCGGAUUUUGAUCGGGCAGAACGCUGCUUGUUAUCGUGAGAAUGACAUUUGGGAAAAUGGAUGGGAUCUUCAGUUGUAAUGAACCCAGACAAAACAGUGGCAAGUUACUUAUGGAUGUCCGCUAAUUUCACUUCGCUGGAUUGUUUUGAAACACAUUCCGAAAUUCUUUCUUGUUCUUGUUAGUUUAGCCACAGAGCCGAUUCGUGUAUGAGCAUUCCUGGUAGUUGAGAGCCGAACCUCGAUUUGCCAACGCAUCACAGCGUACGCGACCUCGCAGAUUAAUCUGCUUCCGCCUUGGACUCAUUACCCUGGUGCCGCGAGGCCAAGCUAAACCGAAAGCAGUGACAGAGGAGUGGGUCCGCAUACACACACACACACACACAAACACGUAUACCCACACUCUCACAUGCCGCUCAGAUGACCAGUAGGAGAUGGAGUCGGUAGAACAGCUAGACAUGGAGGUAAUGACUCCACUGAUGGAGGAAGCAGAGGACAACUCUGAUGAGGACGGGGAGGAAGAGCACCAGCCCCUGGGCAUCUCAUUCACACAGACCCUGCUUCAUCUUUUAAAAGGGAACAUCGGUACUGGACUUCUUGGCUUGCCGCUUGCUGUGAAAAAUGCUGGACUGGUGCUAGGUCCCGUCAGUCUGGUAUUGAUAGGUGUGGUGUGUGUUCAUUGUAUGCACAUCCUGGUAAACUGCAGCCAUCUACUCAGCGAGAGAUUGAAGAGGUCCCCGCUUGGUUACAGUGACACGGUUGCCGUUGCUAUGGAGAUGAGCUCCUCCCAGUGCCUUAAGAAAGGUUCUCAUUUUGGGAGACACCUGGUGAGUUUUUUCCUGGUGUUGACCCAGCUUGGUUUCUGCAGUGUGUACUUUGUCUUCCUAGCUGAAAACAUCAAACAGGUGGUGGAGGGUUACCGUGGAAACAGUUCGGCGGAAGUUGUCAUGACCGUUUUGAACGGUUCGGAAGGGGUUAAUGUGACACCAGGCCCCUCGGUACCUCUUGGCCCGGGUUCUACUGGACUGGACCUGCGGCUCUAUAUGCUUUUCCUUCUGCCUUUCAUCAUCCUCCUCACCUUCAUCAAAGACCUGAGGAACAUGGCCGCAUGGUCUGCCAUCGCCAACCUCUGCAUGACUGUCAGUCUGGUCCUCAUCUUCACCUACAUCCUGACUGAUGUUGGUGAUCCUCAGCGUCUCCCGUAUGUCUCUACUUGGAGAAAGUUUCCGUUCUUUUUCGGGACGGCCAUUUUUGCCUUUGAGGGUAUUGGGGUGGUCCUUCCUCUGGAGAAUCAGAUGAGAGAGCCAAGGCGUUUCUCACAGGCACUGAAUAUCAGCAUGGGUGUGAUCAUUGUGCUUUAUGUUGCCCUAGCAACGCUGGGAUACCUCCAUUUUGGGGAAGACAUCAAAGGGAGCAUAACUCUGAACCUACCUCAUGACUCCUGGUCUAAUCAGCUGGUGAAGGUGUUGUACUCGUUCGGGGUGUUUGUGAGCUUUGCUGUGCAGUUUUUUGUGCCAGCUGAGAUCCUGGUGCCUCCGGUGUGUUCUCGUCUGAAAGAGAGCUGGAAAAAACCAACAGAACUCUGCCUCCGAGCCCUGCUGGUCUGUCUCACCUUUGUUUUGGCAGUGUUAGUUCCGCGGUUGGAUCUGGUCAUCUCCUUGGUGGGAGCAGUGAGCAGCUCCGCUCUCGCUCUUAUUUUUCCUCCCCUGGUGGAGCUGAUGUGUCUCUCCGCCCGUCCUUCACCAUUUCUGCUUCUCAAGGAUCUAUCAAUCGCUCUCCUGGGCUUCAUUGGCUUCUUGACGGGGACCUACGUCACAAUGGAGGAGAUCAUUUACCCUGAUAACCAGGGAUGCACUCCAGUACAGAACUCUCCUAGCUGGACUACACCAGCGUCGCUGCUCCAUCAGUGACCCCACCCACAUCUAUACAUGCACGCACACAUACUUACAGAGACACUCAUGCACAGAGAAUGCACUACCUCUCCCUUUCUCUCUCUCUCUCUCUCACACACACUCACACACACACACACACAUGCACAGACUACGUUUCAGGUAAUGCACUACCUCUCUCUCUCCUCCACUCACCCAAACAUAAAGACUACAUUCCAGAUAAUGCUCUAUUUCCCAUCCACACACACACACAAAGACAAAGACUACAUUCCAGAGGAUGCUCUACUUCUUAACCACACACACACACACACGCGUACAGACACACACACAACAUUCCAGAGGAUGCUCUACUUCUCAACCUCACAAACACACACGCACGCGCACACACAACAUUCCAGAGGAUGCUCUGCUUCUCCAACACACACACACACACACACACACACAAAGACAAAGACUGCAUUCCAGAGGAUGCUCUGCUUCUCCAACACACACACAAAGACAAAGACUGCAUUCCAGAGGAUGCUCUGCUUCUCCAACACACACACACACACAAAGACAAAGACUGCAUUCCAGAGGAUGCUCUGCUUCUCCAACACACACACAAAGACAAAGACUGCAUUCCAGAGGAUGCUCUGCUUCUCCAACACAUACACACACACAAAGACAAAGACUGCAUUCCAGAGGAUGCUCUACUUCUCUCUCUCUGUCACACACACACACACACACACAUGAAGACAGAGAAAACAUACCAGAGGAUGCACUACCUCUAUCCCUCACAUACAUUUCCUUUAUACACUAUACAUUGUCAUAUUGUACCAAUAAUCACAAGCUAAACUUAUUUUAUACUCUCCCUGCAUUCACUGUCUCACACACACACACACACACACACACACGGAGUUGUAAUCACACAAAGCUCCCCGCAGGCAGAGUGACACGUGGAGACAAGCAUUCAGUCUUAUUGGAGCUGAGUCUUUCUUUAUGGUUCAUUUUCUGUUUCAUUCUGCCUACACACACAGCUGGGCCCUGAGGUGUGUGUGUGU